AUGGGCGUCAAACUUAUAACCAAAAUAAGGUCACGUGGUUGGUUUCUUUCAGUUAGAAUAGUACAUAAUGAGACAAGGUUAACCAUUGACGUCUCUGCGAGAAGAAGAAGAAAGGGCUGGCUGGUGACUCGAGGUAAACAAUCUAAGAUGCAGCUUUCCGCUUCGACCUUUUUUGUAACUGCCAUUGUCAUUGUAUCGUAUUCUAUCGUUUUUCAAAAGGUUGUUUUCCGAAUUUUACCACAAUUUUUGACCACUCCUCCGUCAAGAUGGAGAAAACGGGUCAACGAUGCCCUCAUAAGGGGAAGUUCUGAUCACACGAAGACUCCAGUGCUAGACUUUGGUUGGAAGACGGGCAGCGUGCGUCGAAACAUGAUUUUGGCGUCAUUUUCGCCUGGAGCGUACGGUAAUAAACGGUUUGGCAGUGGGAUUAACGUUGGAGUCGCAGAUCGAAAGGAAAGAAAGGAAUUUGUCAAUAGAAUGGUUCCUGGAAUGCGAUCUUAUAAGCGCACGAUUUUCGGGUUUUUCCAUCCAUAUUGUAACGCAGGUGGUGGUGGUGAAAAAGUGCUGUGGAAAGCAGUUGAAACCACAUUGGCAAAAAAUCCGCAAAAUGUGAUUGUUAUUUAUACUGGCGAUUUAGAUGCGUCGGAGGAAGAAAUAACUACAAACGUGGCACGCCGGUUCGGGUACACACUUGAUAAAUCUCGGAUUGUGUUUAUUUACCUGAAAACAAGACAUCUGGUCGACGCCAAGACUUGGCCACGCUUGACAUUACUGGGACAGGCGUUUGGAUCUGUGGUUCUGGCACUGGAGGCUCUUUACAGGCUUUGUCCCGACGUUUGGUGCGAUACAAUGGGGUAUCCGUUUGCAUACCCUUUUGUACACUGGUGUGCUCAUAUUCCUGUCGUGACUUAUACGCACUACCCAAUAAUUUCUUCCGAUAUGUUACAAAAACUGAGGUUAAGCCCCAAGUUCACAUCAAGCAUUAAAUUGCUGUCCAAAUAUUGCUACUGGCGUGUUUUCAUGCUCCUGUAUACAUUUUGCGGCUCGUACGUUGACCUUGCCAUGACCAAUUCGUCCUGGACAAAUAAUCACAUUAAGCAAAUAUGGCCCAAGAGCUCUCCGCACAUCGUCUACCCUCCAUGCUCGACGGAAAAAUUAGUUUUUGAAAACCAAGUGAACACAUGGAGUCGGAAAAAUCAAGCACUUGUGCUCGCUCAAUUCAGACCAGAGAAGCGGCAUGAGCUGAUACUUACCUCUUUUUCCUCGUUCCUACUAAGCAUUUCUCCCAAAAAGCUGGCCGAUGUUCCCAAACUUGUUUUCAUAGGCUCUACGCGAGGUGAGCAGGACCGCCUCUAUGUGGAGCAUCUGAAGCAUCUGGCUUUUGAUGAAUUGGGCAUUCCUGAAAAACUCGUGGAAUUUAUCACAGAUUGCGAAUACGAUGUGUUGAAAAAUUACCUGAGAGAGUCGUCAUACGGAAUCAAUGCUAUGUGGAACGAACAUUUUGGAAUUGCAGUGGUUGAAUACGUCGCAUCUGGGUUAAUUCCUAUUGUACAUGCGUCCGCGGGCCCUCUUUUAGAUAUUGUGGUACCAUGGAAUUCAGAUAAAGGCAUUCAAGAAAAUUCGGAAAACGCGAGCAAUAGAACCGGGUUUUUCUUCAAAGACGCCAGCGACCCUGAUUACCGAAAGGAUAUGGAUAAAAAAUACUCAACUUUGGAUUCAACUUUCGCAACCAUUGUAGACCUUUCUGACACUGAAAAGAUAAAUAUCAGCAAUCGCGGUAAGCAAUGCGUGCUUGACAAAUUUUCGGAUAUAAAUUUUGACAGAACAUGGAAUGAGAAUUUAGCGAAUAUUGAGACCCUGGAAAUUAAAUAUGCUGAGGGGAGACAUGAUAUCUGA